AUGGCUUCAUCCGCAGACGUUGCUACGAUCAGAGUGCAGAGAUAUCUGAAUAUGCCAUUGGUGCAAAGAUGCAAGGAAAUAGCAACAUUAAUAGAUGAAUCAAGUACAACAGAAUUGCAACAUGUGUUUCCAAUAUUGAUAGACUCAUUGUUUGGGACAACUGACAAUAUUGGUUGGGGUUUACACAGUAUCACAUAUAGAAGAAAUCCACAGGAGUAUGAAACACUUUGCAAUUUCCUUAAUCCACAGGGGCCAGUUUUUUCUUUAUGUUAUAAAUUAUUGCCAGAUUGUUAUUUGAAAUACAAUUUUCCAGUCUCAUAUUUACCAGCAAAAGUACGGUCAAUGUUGGAGGAAGGUGUAAUACCACCAUUUUAUCUUGACAAAAUCAGAGAUGAACAGGGUACACGUUGUGUAUCUGCUCUAAAUAUGAAUCCCUUUGAAUAUUACAUCUUCCACUUUGCAUACCAUCUAACAAACCCAUGGUUGCAAGUACAGCAACAGGAAAAUGUUUGGGUUAAUUGGGAAACUGUUUAUGUUCAAUUAGCUCAUUGCUAUUUGUAUCAUUUUCUACCCAGAGAUAAUUCUCCAGUUUUGCCAAUAAUUGGCCCAUACAUUAGAAAAACUCCACAACGUAAACUAGUUCAAUCACCUGAUUCUAAAAGAUUGCAAACACCGCGGCUUCUGAGAACUUCAAUAUUAUCGCCAGGAUCUCCAAAUUCUGCGUCAACAGUGCCGCAACAACAAUGUUUGCCGCAAGUUUGGAGGAGCGAAACCGUGGUUCAAGUAUUUCUCGACUUUUGGGUAGAAUAUAUAGAGGAUGAUCAUAUAAAUCCGCGAUUAAACACGUCGUAUUCCGCUUCCGUUCCCUGUCGUCAUAGCAUUCAUUCCGGAGAACACAUACGCCUUGUACGGGCGUUUAUAAAGACUUUGCAUGAAUUUGCAAAUAGCGCAACAGGUGACAAAAGUGCAAUGGAUGAGCUUAAACGAAUUAUUUUGCCUUCUGUUCAAGGCAAAAUCUACACAUUCCUUCGAAAAGCUAUACAUCACUGGCCUCUAGACAGUUCAUUUAGAUUAAUUCUUGAAGCUUGGUUAAGCUUUAUUCAACCAUGGAGAUACUUUCCUGGUAUAACAUACACCAAGGAAGGUAAAUCGGAAGAAGAGGAAAGAGGAAAGAUACAUGACGCAUACAGAUGGAUGCCCUUUAUUGCGCACAAUUUAUUAGCUUACACAGCAAUAUUUCAGCAAUUACUUCCACGUUUCAUGAGGACAGAUCUUGUGGCUCCAAAAAAUGCAUUAAUGUUGUUUAGAGUUACAAAAGUCUUUUCACAACAACAUUUGGCAAAAAUAAUUUGCGAAAUAGAGAGUCACAUAGACGAUGUUGGUUUAAGCAGAAGUCGAAUGUCGACGAAUCAAUGGACAUCGACCUUACGUCAACAAAUUCUGGAGCUUGAAGGACCAACACAUCAAUAUGUUCCAAUGUUUUCUGUGGCUACUGUUUCACAGGUCAUCCGUUUGUUAAGCACAAUCAAGCAAGCACAUUUAACAGCGACUAGUUUAAUUGAUGCAUUGGAAAAGAAGAGAAAAAACAGGCGAUAUCUUAUAGCUAUAUGGGAAUUUUUUAAUGGCGAAGAUUAUUCCUCGGAUGAUAUUAGUAUAGAAGAACGACGUCGUGUUCCUAUUUAUCUAUCGAACGCACAGCAACAAUUAAUCGAAAUUUUCGAGAUUAAAGUAGAAGACAUUCCUCAGGUAGCCAUCGAAGCCGACCAAGAAUACCACGACAGUAUUUUAUCGACAUCUUUCUGUCAUCAAUCACAGAUGGACUCUAGUUUAGAUACGAGUAAACCAGGUGUAUUUGUUCCUAUUCAGAAAGACAGACAAACGUGCCAAUAUGUCGAAUAUAUGGGAGAUCCAGAACUACAACCUGUCCGAAGUAACGAAUGUGCAUUCCUCGUUAGAAAUUUGUACACACUUUGUACUUAUAUAAACUCAGAGUACCGACACAAGAUAAGUAGAAUGUAUCAUCGACGUGGUUUCCUCGGCAGUCUUUGCCGACAGAUUCUACAACCACCUACAAAAGUUGUGAAACUACCGAAACGAACGCAGAACGGCUUUUCCGGCGGAUACGAGUUACGCAUUCCGCCCCGACUAAGUUUACGACCUCUGGCUAAUUAUAGUCUACUCGUAACCAUAAGUCUAGGAAUAUUUAUUGCUUGGCUUACAAACUAUGGGGUCUUUACGUUCUUCGGAUUCGCUUUUUGGAUAUGGUUUAUAUAUAUAGUAAUAUGCGCAACGUUGGAACCUUGGAGAAGAUCGAAUAGAAAUACAUUCAGGGCCAGCACAACAGCAUUCUCUAUGAACUGA